AUUCGCGAGGAUCGAACGUUUUUUCUAGGUUGCGCGACGUGACUUCUUAAUUUUUGAAUGGUAUUUUCUUCGACAACCAUUUAAAUAGUCUAAAUCAUUUCAGUAAGUCAUUAUGCUGCGGUGGUAAUUUCCCCGACACUUCGAGGUUCGUCGUAACGAAUCAAUCGAUCGAUUUUAUAUUGUGCAGUGGAUUUUUUUUGUUUCGGUGCUGAAGUGAAGUUACUAGACUCCGAUAAAAUGACUGCCGAGUCAUUAAAACCGUUUCUUAAUUCACCAAAUGCUUUGAGUGCCCUAUCCAGAGAUUGCACGGAGAAGAAAUCCGUGAAAAGUUGUCUGCUGGUUUGUGGUUCCGUUGUACUAUGCAUUUUCUCUUUGGCCGUAGUGGGAUUAGAUAUAUGGAAUAUCAACAGAAUCACCGAACUGCAGCGAGAGGUCGACAACUUGAAGAUGCAAACGCAGGAGCUGCGCAAUCUACGGAUCGGGAGUCUGGAAGAUUUCAGCGACUUUGAAGACGCGUACGACACAAACGGAAUUCUCUCCAGUUCCGGUGAAUACGGCGAGUCAUUCGAGGGUGAAAAUGACAUCGAAGAAGGCAGCACCAGUGUGUACGGAAUUCCGGACUUCCGUGCGGAUGACAUCGAGACGGAGAUUAGCGUGACGGUCAGCAACACGCUUGACGGCAAACGAAAGGCUCGCUCCAUUACCGGAAUGACCUACCAAGGAGUGCCGAUUCUGGAUGAGCCAUAUAUGAACCGACAUCUUAAUCGUUCCCGUCAUCAUAGCCAUCGUCUUCAUCACCAGCAACCGGAACAGAGACGGGAUUCACAUUACGAACAAAUGCGCCAGCGGCCGGAGGAAACCGCCAGCCCUCCUCCGCAGCUUAAACUCAACUGGGAUGACGAAAGCAGCGAAAUUCCAACACGUCACCAAGAGACCGAUGCCGCCGGUAGGCAGCAUUCUAUGCGAAGGCAUCACAAUCUUCUCCGGACGAGCUCCAGCAGCGCUGCUGAGCAGUCAUCUUCGGGCACAUCCGCCAUCAGACGAAAUGAAUUUGCCAGAAGCGAGAAAGUUAUCCAAAACUUACAACCCAACCUAGUUGGGCCGGAUUUCACCACCAAACCACCGAGCCAGCCACAUGACCGUCGCAGCAGGGUUAUGCUGACCAACGGAGAAAACAAAUACCAGAAGGUUAUCAAGAAUCCAGGAACAUAUAUGGAAGCUCGCCAGCAACCGAUUCAGCGGGUGGGACGAGUGAUGCGCAAAGCGGCAGCCCCGGCCCGUGUAAACGCUCUUCAUCUGGCCAAGUACCACCCACAGUACAUCAUUCAUCGUGCCACCAAUCAUGUCAACUGGCCCUGGCUUCCGAUCGGAGCGGCAAAUCAGGAAUCCCUGAAUUCUGGAGUUUUCAAGUUAUCAAGUAACGGCACGCUCACCGUAAAUGACACGGGACUAUACUUUGUGUACGCUCAGAUUACCUACACCGAUCAACACCCAAUCAGUGGCUUCAACAUUGUGGUCAACGGUAGAAACCAUGCCGCCUGUUCGGUUCAUGGUCAGCACGGCAAGAAAACCAACACAUGUUACACGGCUUCUCUGGUCGACCUGGACAACGGUUCUCAGCUGGAAAUCAAAGAUAUGGACGAAGGACGUGUCCAUCUGGCCUUCCAGGAGAAGACAUUCUUUGGAUUGUACAAACUGGGAAGACGACCGGUACCCUGAAGCAAUGUGUAUUAAUCUUUGGUUUUAUUUUCUUCAACUUUUGUACAUAGAGUAGCUUAACACAUCUUAUCUCAUCGAUAUUUGUCUUGUCUUGUUAUUAAAACGAGUAUGUAUUGAAUGUGCUAUUGUCCUCCCCCCAAUUGUCGUGAUAUUUAUACAAAGCUCAUGAAACUUUUAUGAAAUACAGAGAAACGCAGAAACCUUAGUGCCAUGCGAGCUUA